AUGACGAAGACGACGAAAAAGAAGAAUCCGUCGCCGCUGCGAUCAAUCCCAAUUCUCUCACUCCCGGACGAAUUGCUACUGAGCUGCUUCGCACGCGUCUCAAGAUCGCAAUACCCAACCCUCUCCCUCGUCUCCAAACGCUUCCGAUCGCUCCUCUCUUCACCGGAGCUUUACAAAGCCCGAUCACUCUCCGGCCACACCGAGAGCUGCCUAUACAUAUGCUUAUGGUCUUCUCCCGGUUAUCGCUGGUUCAAGAAGACGACGAAUGGCUAUGUUUUGGCUAAAGUCCCGGUUCGAUUUUCUCCUCCUCAUAGCGCCCGGUUUUGGGGUCUUGUGGCGGUUGGUUCGAAUAUCUACAACAUCGGCUCCAGAUCAGACUACGAAGCUUACUCCUCCACCGUCUCUGUUCUCGAUUGCCGGACUCACACGUGGCGCGAGGCUCCGAGCUUGCCGGUGGAGCUAACGUCGAUCUCCGCCAGCGUCCUUGACCAGAAGAUAUACGUGGCAGGACUCUGCGAAUACGGCGGUUCCGUGUUACAAGUGUUCGACACGAAAACCCAAACCUGGGAUCUCUCUCCGCCGCCGCCGCCGGAAGAAGGCGAGUUUUGUGCGUCGCGAAGCGCGUGUAUCGACGGGAAGUUCCACGUGGUGACCAGCAAGAAGAAGGUGGUCGCUUACAACGCCAAGGGAGGUUGCAGAUGGGAGGUUAAUGGAAAAGAGAUGGGUCGUUACAUGCGAUCGGAUUGUUACUGCGAGAUUGAGAAUGUGUUGUACUCUGUUCUCAACGGAUAUUUCAGAUGGUUUGAUACUGAGGAAGGCUUGUGGAGAGAUCUGAAAGGUUUGGUUGGGUUACCGGAGUUUCCUCCCGGUGCUCCGAUUAGAUUGGCGGAUUACGGUGGGAAGAUGGCGGUUUUGUGGGAGGAGAAGGUUGUUUACGAGCAUAGUUUCAAGUCAAGGACGAUUGUUUGGUGUGCGGAGAUUUCGAUUGAGAGGCGACCAAAAAGCUGUGAGAUUUGGGGGAUUGUUGAUUGGUUUGAUCGUCUUCUUCAAGUCCCUCUUGUAAAUGAUUUGGUUAAGGUUCUUGUUGUUACUCUUUGA